AUGACGCGCGAACGAGCGCACCCCCACGUCGCGCUGCCCCUCGUCGCGCACCACGUGGCGUCCGACGUCCCGUCUUCGACGCGCGUCCUCGUGAUUGGCGACGUACACGGCUGCUACGACGAGCUGCAGUCGCUGCUCGAAGCGUGUGACUACUCGCCGCGCCACGACCGCCUCGCGUUUGUCGGGGACCUCGUGAAUAAAGGCCCCAAGUCGCUCGAGGCGCUGCGCUUUGUCCAAGACUCGGGCGCGCUCUGUGUGCGCGGGAACCACGAAGAUGCCGCACUAAGUGCGUACUACGCAUGGCUACAAGCUGGCGCGCGGCCGAAUACAGCCAAGUACUCGUACGUGGAGCAGCUGGAAGCCCGUGACGUGGCGUUUCUCCAGCAACUGCCGUUCUCGCUGGCGUUGCCGAAUCACGGGGACGUGCUUGUGGUACACGCUGGAGUUGUACCGGACGUAGAGCUGGAGGACCAGCGACUAGUGGACCUGUACAAGAUGCGCUACGUGCAAUGGGGACCAGCAGAGGACGGGCAGGGGAAGACGUGGGUCGCACUGGAAAAAGACAAGUGGAAGAACGACGAGGCAGGUGCGGUGGAAAAGUGGGCCACGGUCUGGAAAGGACCUCGACACGUGUACUUUGGCCAUGCUGCGACGAUCGGGCUCCAGCAAGAGAAGUUUGCCACGGGAUUGGAUACGGGCUGCUGCUAUGGACGGCAGCUCACGGCGUGUAUCCUUCCGUCGAACGAGUUGGUGCAGGUCGAUGCAAAGAAGCAGUACGAAGUGCCGGGUGGCGACAAGAAGUGA